AUGAUUCAUACUAAUAUCCCAACGGACUUCUCCAUCCGCACGCUACCAAGCAAACUCACAGUUGCUGCAACCAAACUCCCCGCUUCCGACCAUCGCACGCUUAAUAAAAAGCGUGAAUGGCUUGAGAACUAUACAGUUGAAGUACCUAAAACGCUCAAACGUAACGGGGUGGCAAGCCCUGUUCCUGCAGUUCUGGUUUUCGCCCAAGAAGAAGCUGGGACUGCGAUUUGCAUAUCUCCCAACGGCGUGAUCUUGACCUGCUCCCACUGCGUCGCCGAGACGGAGGAUGAGCUUGACUGGGGCAAAACACACUGGCUUCUUUUUGCCUCUGGUACUGUUGUUGCUGCGAAAACAGUGUUCUGGGAUCCCAGUCGAGAUCUUGCCAUUUUGAUCAUCACGCGUGCACCACCAUUAGCUCUGAAUUCCCCAGCCUCUUUCCCAUUCAUUCGCUUGUCACCGGAACCCCCUCGUCUAAAUGCACGAUUGAUGUGUUUCGGUCAUCCAGGAGCAGAGGACUUGGAAGCUUCGAUACCUGGUGUGAAGACAAACUAUGACACCCUGGUAAUGAGUCUGGGUACUUUUAAAGGCAUGGCGCCUGGUCAGGAUCCGCAGGACAAUGCAGAGAUAGGGGUAUUUAUGCACGAUUGCUGGACAUAUUGGGGACACAGCGGUGCUCCCCUGCUGGACAGAAAUACCGGCGCUCUAGUAGCCUUGCAUUCUAGUUGGGACGACGAGACUGCGAUGAGAAGAGGUGUCCCCUGGGAAGCGAUUGAUGCAUUCCUUCAAGAGAUUGAGAAGCAGGAGCACGGCACCACGCCAGAAGGAUGGCGUUGGCAUUGCCGAUAA